AUGUCUUCAGCUUGGAAGACCCCCCAUAGAUCAGAGGAAAUGCCAGAGAUCAUAGUGAAAAUCAUUGGAAGUAAAUACUUUCACUUCAUCGUUGAAAAGCCAAAGAUCAAGCAGGAUGAGAAGUUGAAGACAGAAGAGCCUCAAACCACACUCCAGAAACCCAGGGCUGCUUAUUCAAGGCAGGUGAGCAGAGACCUGACAGGAUCCACUGUCCCUUCUGAUCGGCAAAUCACUGCUAACCCAGCUGAUAAGGAAGAAAGUAAGCGUCCAAGCAGCAGCCAGAAACCAGAGAGUAAUCAGAAGUUCUUAACAAGACUACCCAGUAACAGAUUCCUGAAUGGCAGGAUUUCCCAUGAUGGAAAUGUCUACUGUAGCUCUGCACCAACUUCAGAUCAGUCUCUCUCCUAUAUACAUUGUCUCCCCAGAAGAAAGUCUAGAGACUGGUCCUUGGAACAUAUAACAAAGGAGAUCUCUAGCCAACCUGAGGGAAUUGCCCAAAGUCCAAGUAUAACAAAAGGAGAAGAUGCUUUUCUACUCACUUUGGUCAGAAAAGAACUCAAGUCAUACCCAUUGAACUCCAGACUGUGGGACAAACUUCUGAAAGAGCUGAAGACUCUGGACCCCAUCGCUUCAGGGUUUCUCUUCCAGUCAGAGCUGAUUCACAUCUUUCUAAGGCUUGAAAUCCCUCUGCAGCUACCAACAGUCAACCUUCUUUGUCAAAGAUUUUCCAGAAGGGAUUAUCCUGAAAUGGUGAACUAUGGAGAGCUACUUUGGUUUUUAAAAGAGGCAAGUUCAGAUAAUUUACAGAAAAAUGGAACUGCUCUACACAAUAACCCAAGGAAAACUCCAAGUCAAAACCAACAUAGACAAAGCACAUCACCUCAAAGAUCUGGCUCACUGUCUGAAAUGAACAAGAGCUUGUUGGAGAUUUUGAAGAUGUCACUAAGAACAUGCCAAGGCAAAAUCAACAUAGACAACCUCAACCUGAGCUUUCGCAAAGAAGAUUGGUCAUUAUCUGGCUGUCUCUCUCUGCCCAAGGUCAGAGCUAUAUGUGGCAAGCAUGGAUUGUAUCUAACCUUGAGCCAACUGGAAACAUUUCUUAACCACCAAGAUUUGGGUUACCAAGGUGAAAUAAAGUGGCAGAAUUUUGUUAAGUGGCUGAACAGGGCUUCUUCUGCUUUGUUGUGUGAUAUGACUGUAGGAAAGAAUGAAAAGAAAACUCCAGGGGACUUGGUUGAAAUCCCUGAGAGACCCCAAAGCAAAACUGACCAUGUGAAAACUCCAAAAGAGAAUCUGUGUACAGAAAAGCCUACCGCUAUGACUUCAGCCUCACAAGUUCCUGUAAAUUCCUUUAAGAACAGGCCAGACUCCCAACCUGUUUUGAGUACAGACAUGGGGAAGGAGACUGAACCAUCUGAGCUGUGGAUAGACAGGUUCAGGAAGAUGGAGAGGGCCCUCUACUCGUGUGACCUGAGAAACACAGGACUUCUGGAGAAGGAGAGAGCCGGGCGCCUCAUCCACAACUACAAUCUCAUAUUCAACUUGUACCUGAGUCCUCAGAGAAUUGACCAGGCCUUGACAAGAUUUGGUUCUGGAGAAAAUGUAAUCUUGAAGCCAGCACUGAGGUACUUAAAGGAGCUGUGAAAACAAGCAUGCACUGGGAAUGGAUGUUUCUUUCAUCUCCCCUUUACCUGGACUUAUGUUUCUCCUCAGUCUGAGCACUGGGGUAGAGGCUUUGUUUGAGCUGAGGCAGAUGUAGCUGUCCUAGUCACUUUUGACUUGGACUUGUAUAUGAUGAGGAGCUGUUUACAAUAAUCAGCUUUCUCUUCUGAUAUAACAAGAGUCCAAGCACUUAAAGCUCCCUUCUGUUCUUACUGUGUUUAUUAUCCAUGUGUUUGCUAUUUUUCUACAUUGAUAACAAAUUGUUUUUAUGUCAAAAAGCAUGUAGAAUAUCUGAUGCAGAGUACACCUCAAUAGGUCUUGCUGGGUUUGGUUUUGAGACAGAGUCUAAAUAUAUAGUCCAGAUCGUCCUUAAACUUGUAAUCUUACUGCCUCAGCUUCCUGAGAGCUCCAAUACAUAAUUUCCCAUUAGGUAAAUAGGUCCAUAUACCAGUCACUAUUUUAGGAAGGAUUUCCACUACAAGAAAAAUAAAACUAUUGACACCGAACAGGAAGCAGUAUGAUAAUUUCAAGUUAGUAUUUUCUGUGUAAGUGCAGCAUCUUCUCCAGGGCAAUGUGGGCAGUGUCUACAGGAAUAUAUCUCAGAGUGCCCAAGAGAAGUUUCAAGGAAGUAUGCCUGGGAUUAGGCUGCAGGACCAUGCUGUGCUCUCUCAGGGCAGGAAUACCUGGUAGUUUCCACCAACCAUGGAGUUCUAUCUUGAACAUAUUCUCUGGUUCUUCCCUUCCUAAGUACAACAGAGAUAGCCAUAGGUUCACUGAAGACUUCAGAGAUAAGAUGUCCCCAGGACCAUCACUAAUGCAAUCACUAAUCCACUGAUCUGGAUGUUAGCCUUGAAUAUUAUAGGGGAUAAGUUGAAUAAGUUGGGCCAUGUCAGGGAACAAUCUAAGGAAAUGGCCUCUGAGAAUGCCAUAUUGUCCAUUUUUAGUGAGGUUUCUCAUGACAUCUCAUGAACAAACUUUCAAGAACAAAAGCCCCUAGAUCCUUUAAAAUAACCUCUUUAGUUUUUACCAACUUAAAUUCCGGAACCCCUAGAUGUGCCUUAUAAGUCAAUGGA